AUGAAACUGUUUCUUACACUUGCCGCCUUGUUUGCCUGCGCCUCGGCCAGCGCUAUACACAGCAGCGGAUGGAGUUCGGGUCCUUGGAUCAGCAGUGGCAGCAGCGGCUGGAGCUCGAGUCCUUGGAUCAGCAGUGGUAGCAGCGGCUGGAGCUCUGGUCCCUGGCGCAGCAGCAGCAGCAGCAGUCGAGGUUGGAGCUCGGCUCCCAGCUGGAGGCCAGCUCCUUGGCUAGGCAGCAGCGGUGGCGGUCACGGAGGAUCACAGAUCAUCAGGGUGGUGAAGCUUGAUGGCGGCAACGUUGGCUGGAGCCGUAUUGGCGGCGGCGGUGGUGGUGGUGGCUGGUCUGGCGGUCAUGGUGGCUGGUCCGGUGGUGGCUGGAGCAGCGGCUGCCUUCCGAGUAGCCUUUGGGAGCGUCGCUGCAUGACGUUCGCCCCCGCAUUGCAACGCUUUACGCUGCGCUUGCACUUUGGGAGCGAGCAUGACUCAGCUGAAGUUAACUAUAAAAGCGCCGUGCUGGGCCUGGUAUUGGCAUCAGUGGAGCUAAGCUUCUAA